GACUCGGCCUGAGGGAGAAGGAGGCGCCGGCAAGGCCUGUGUGGCGAGGCAGGAAAGGCGGGCGGGCGGGCAGUCUUUCCUCCUCCUCCCCUCCCCCUCAUCCUGCUCCUCCUCUCGGGGAGCCGGCGUCGCGGUGGUCCGUCGUGAGGGGAACGGAGCCGGGCCCACCAUGAGCGUCGGGGGCUCGGACCGCAACGAGGAGUUCCUUCAGCAGCUCCGGCUCCAGGAGCUCUACGGGAAGAAGGACGGCGACGAGGAGGACGACGAGGAGGAGGAGGACGAGGGCGGCGACGACCCCUUCACCUACACCGACUCGGUCACCGAAGACUUCCUGGCGACAUACCAUGCUAACUACGGCUUCCCCACCGAAGGCUCAGAGGAUUCGUCGGCAUCUGUGACGAAGGCCGUAUCUAAACCUCCGGCUGAUGCAAAGGCACGAGGAACUCAGAAGCCGACGGACCCCAAAGCAUCUCAAACAAAAGAUGCGAAACAGAAAGGAGAGAAAAGAAAACCGGAUGCAGGAUGGUUUCACGUUGAAGACCAGAGAAACACAAAUGUCUAUGUGACAGGUUUACCUCCAGACAUUACGAAAGAUGAGUUUGUGCAGGUCAUGUCAAAAUGUGGCAUCGUGAUGCGUGACCCUCAAACAGAGGAGCCUAAAAUUAAGCUUUACAAAGACAGAGAGGGGAAUCUUAAAGGAGACGGGCUUUGUUGUUAUUUAAAGAGAGAAUCUGUUGAACUUGCAUUAAAAUUAUUGGAUGAGAAUGAAAUUAGAGGCUACAAAAUGCACGUGGAAGUUGCACAGUUCCAGCUGAAGGGGGAGUACGACGCCAGCAAAAAGAGGAAGAAGUGUAAAGACUACAAGAAGAAGCUGUCUCAGCAGCAAAAACUGCUGGAUUGGAGGCCAGAGAGAAAAGAGGGCACAGCGCGAUUGAGGCAUGAACGUGUCAUCAUCAUCAGGAACAUGUUUCAUCCGAAGGAUUUUGAGGAGGAUCCGUUGGUACUCAACGAGAUCAGGGAAGAUCUCCGUUUGGAAUGUGAAAAGUUUGGAGAAGCAAAGAAAGUCCUUAUAUUCGAUAGGCACCCUGACGGUGUUGCGUCUGUGGCCUUCAAAGAGGCAGAAGAGGCUGAUGUCUGCAAGCUGGCGCUCAACGGGCGGUGGUUUGGUGGGCGCCAGCUGAGUGUGGAAACGUGGGACGGUGUAACUGACUAUCAGGUGGAAGAGACGGCGAGAGAACGUGAAGAGAGACUGAAAGGUUGGGAAACCUUUAUAGGCGAUCCGGCAGCAGGAACGCCCAAAACCGCCUCCGAGGCCGAUUCUUCGGAGAGUAGCAAGCAGCCGCCUGAAGGAGCUCAGCCCGUGAAAGAUAACGGGGCCGCCGAGGAUGGCCUGAACGAAGAAGCCGUGGAGAAGAAGGAUAACGCAGAAGGCACCAGGGAAGACGCCACCGCAUCGACAGACAGCAGCGUCGAAGGCAGCGACGAAGAAGCGGAGACAUAAUGUUGUUAACGUGUCCCUAAGAGCAUGUGUUUAGAGUAAACCUUUAGAUUUCUGUUAGCCUGUGCUAUCGAGCAACUGCAGGCAGCGUUGAAAUAAAUAUAUAUGCAUUUCUUUCUUAGGACGUCAUCAGUGCGCUUUUGGGGGUAUUGCAUUAAAAGCAGUAUUUAAUGAUGAUCUUUCAGAAUAUGUAUAUAUUCAUCUCUUGACUGCUGUUUCAAGCUGUGUGUGUGUGUGUUUGUAGAUGUCAAGACGUUGCCAAGAGCCUGCUGAACUGACCGGCUGUCUUAAGUUGUAUCUUUGCUUCUCAGUGUCCAAAAGUACAUCAGUAGGUGCAAAUCCUGUACUUUCCAUUACCUUUACAGCGGCUGAAAUCCAGAGGUAGUUUGCAGGGGGGGGGGAAGCCCAACGAAUUGGGGUGAUCUGGUGAGUCUUCUGCUCUGUAAGCACUGUUGGGUCUACUCUGGUUGCAGCUGACUACUGGAUUUCGGCCGCUGACCUUUAGAAAAAGAUGUAUGGACGCUUUUCCGGUGUUUGCUCUAAAUUUCCUCCCUGCCCCAACCUGCAGGUAUACCUCUGGUAUGACAUAAAUGAUAUAACUGUCCUUGAAUGCACCAGGCUGUUCUUGGAUCAACAGGUUUUCCUGCUAUUAAUUAUUUUAAAGGAAGAGGUUAUGAAGAUAGGAGGUCGCUACCCUGGAUUGGGGAUGGGGGAGAGGAGAAAAGAAUAGGGUAAUAUCACACUGCAGUUAAAAACAGAAGAACAAGGUCUUUUUGAAGGGGCCUCGUUGCUAUGCGAAGUUUGUUUGUUUGGUUCAUCCUCCACCUGCACGGCACUUUCUUUGAAUGCUUCUUCUGAGGAAGGGUAGAUAGGACAAAUGGGAGAAAUAAUGUAAAUAAGAUUAAUUCUAAUCUUCCUUUAAAAUUUUUUUGGGGGGGGUUGAUUAAUUCAUAUUGGAAACCUGCAGAGACUGUGUGUUGGAAGCGUGUCUCCCUUUCUUCCUUGGAUUUCUCUGUUUGAAUAUUGUUAGGUUUGAAGUGCAAACUGAGAGCCUGUUCUUUUAUACUGGGGUGGAUGGACUACAAGUGACACUAUGAAUAAAUUGUUUUGAGAUUGACUCCUAAA